AUGCCAUAAAUAUAUUCCAUCACUCAACAUUGUAAAAAUUGCCGAAACAUUUUGGCCUCUUUCAAUAAAGUUCUUAGUUUUUGACAAAUAAUUCAUUGAAAAUACAGAGGUACAUCGGUCGGCUCGGUAGUUUAAACUGUAAUUUACUUGUUAAGCAAUUAGUUGGAUAGUCAUCUGUCGGAAAAUCGGUUCAAUUUAAUGUGUUUGAUGUGCAAGUAAAAGUUACAAUUUUUGUGACUGAAAAAAUUAUAGCAACGCAGCCAACAAACAGUUCUCGCAGUCGACUUUAAAGGUCGAAACGGAAAGAUUGACUCUUAUUUCGAAACGAUUUCUUUCGUGCAAACACAUCAAAAUGCAAGCUUAAAUUUGCGUUGAGACUGCAAUUGGGUUAAAUCAAAGCUGUUUUAUGAAUACAUAACCUCAAAAAAUCGAAGGCUUGAAACUAUCAAACAAACAUGUCGUUCAGGCCUUUCAUGGCACCCCAAGGAGCCAUGUUGCCGCCGAUGAUAAGCGGCUCAUCAAUGUCGACUCCACCUCCGCGGGCUACAUACAGAGCGGGACCAACAAUAAAUCAACGACCACAAAUGUAUAUGCGUCCGCCUGCCGAGCCUGUUGUUCCUCAGUACGAAGGUCCAAUAAUCACAGUGUUUGUCGGAAACAUAAGCGAAAGGGUACCAGAAGUGAUGAUCAAAAAGAUCCUACAGACUGCUGGCACGGUUGUUAGUUGGAAGCGAGUGUCACAAUUCGGUUUUUGUGAAUAUGACGGUCCUACAGCAGGCUUACGUGCGGUUCGAAUUUUACACGAUUUGGAUGUGGCUGGCAAACGAUUGGUAGCUAAAGUCGACGCCAAAAACAAACUUUUGUUGGACAACUACAAAGAGGAAGAGACUCGCAAACUGGGUAGUGCAAGUCGAUCGACUUUGGAGGCCGAAAAGAAGGACGAUGAUGCUGCCAUGGCGAGUAUUAGUCAAAUUCUACUCGAUCACAAAGAAGAUAUCGACAAUUUCGAAACAAUCCAGGAAGAGCAACAACUGGCAAAAUCCAGUAAAGUUUUACAAGGAACCGGAAUCGAGGAGGACAAACGGGACUUGAUCAAUCGAGAAAUUGGCAAAUUUCGUAAAACUGCUGAGGCGGACGAACAAAAGAAAGAGAAAGAAAAGGACAGGAAAAAACGGGAAGAGCGCGAUAGAGACAAGGAUUCACGAGCAACGACGCCACCGAAAAAGGAAAAAGAGAAAAAGUCCCGUCGAAGGAGUCGGUCUCGGUCCAGAGAAGAGCGGGAUAGGGAACGCGAGAGACGUGAACGCGAAAAGGAACGUGAAUAUAGGGAACGAGAACGCGAACGGGAAAAGGAAGAGCGUGAAAGAGAGCGUGAACGGGAGCAGCGUGAAAGAGAGCGUGACAGAGAGGAAAAGGUGGUGAAAGUUCCUCGUGAUAUCCAAAAGGAAAAAGAAAUCGAAGAUGAACUGAGGGAACGGAAAAAGGCCGAGAAAAAGGCGCGUGACAAAGAAGCCGCCUACCAGGAACGUCUUCGAAAUUGGGAAAUUCGCGAGCGGCGACAAAUCAAAGAGUACGAAAAGACGAAAGAGAAAGAAUUGAACAAGGAGGAGGAACGGGAAAAGGAAGCGAAACGACUAAAAGAAUUUCUGGAAGACUAUGACGACGAACGUGAUGACCCGAAGUACUAUAAGAGUCGAGAGCUUCAACGUCGUUUGGCCGAGCGGGUGAGGGAGGCUGAUCUGGACGCAAAGGACCGUAACAAAGAGCAAGAAGAACUGGAAGACUUAAAGGCGAAGAUAUUUAGCGGCGAAUUUGAGAAUCCAACGCAAGAGUUCGAACGGCUCAAACGUGAACGCGAAGAAUUGUACAAACCGAAAAUUUUGAUUGACGUGAAUCUGGAACAGUCACUGCAGCGUGAACGCGAAAUCGGCCGUGAAUUGGAGCGUGAAAAGGAACGGAAAAACGUCAAAGAUCGCGAACGUUUACAGAAGGAACGGUACGUGGUAGCUCAAGCAUCCAGAGAAUUAGCCGCUGUGAAUGCAGAACCAAUCGAAUCCGAUUCGAGCAACGAUGAUCAUUUCAACAGUGCCGGCGCCAGCAAUAACGGAAGCAAAUACGGUUCACCGACUAGACAUUCAAACAAUGAUCGAGGAUCGCAUCGUGAUUCGGAGUCGCGAGACUCGCAUACGAAUCAUUUCCCGCCCGAUGAUGAUUCCAGAGCGUCGAUGCAUUCGAUAGGUUCGGCCAGUCCAUCGAACAACGAUUCCGGUCAUCCGUACACACCUCCCAUAUCACAGCCAAUUAUUAGCUUAAAUCUAGGAGCAGCCAAUGCGAAAAAGAAAAAACUUGAGGUCAAAGACAUUUUCAACAACGACGAUGACUCCGAAGACCUGAAUGGUCCGAAGCGACGCAAAUUGGUUCCGUUAGACUAUGAAGAUGCGUCCAAUCAAAAAUCGUCGCAGAAAUCCUCUUCGAAGCGAAAAGACGGCAAACCGGACGAAAACAGUAAAAAAGAUGAUGCGGCCAAGUCGCAAGAGGAGAAGCGACGACACAUCAAAAGUAUCAUCGACAAAAUUCCGACCGGAAAGAACGACCUGUUCUCGUACAAAUUGGACUGGAACGAGAUCGACAAUGUGCUGAUGGAGAAGAAAAUUCGUCCGUGGAUCAACAAGAAAAUCAUCGAAUACAUCGGCGAGCCGGAACCGACUUUAGUGGAUUUUAUUUGUUCGAAAGUGCUGGCUGGAAGUACCGCGCAAGGUAUUCUGGAUGAUGUGCAAAUGGUACUUGAUGAAGAAGCCGAAGUGUUUGUGGUCAAAAUGUGGCGACUACUCAUCUACGAAGUUGAGGCGAAAAAAGUGGGAUUAGGAAAAUAAUCAAACGAUCAAGGGUGUGUGGGAUUGAUCGAUUUUUUUUAAAUAAAAAUUAAUUGAAAAUAAAAGUCAGACGCAUAGAGUUACAUCGAAAGGUAUGCAAAUUCCAUAGGAAACAAAAUUCAGUUUGUUUUCGCUUUUAUUUAAACAACAAGAAAAAAAAAAGUUCUGAGACAAACACAAUUCAAGCAAAGAAGUAAAAAUUCGUCUUGUCUUGGUCUCAUUGUUGACAAUUUCCUUUUUUUCGCUGUAUUUAACAAUCUCUGAUGAUGAUAAAACCAAUCAACCAACAAAACAAAUACAAAAACCAAUUGAAUAAAACUUUAA